AUGUCAUGUUUAUGACAGUGUCAUGUCAGUCUUAUUCACCCCCCUUCAAAUAAAGUGUUACCGUUUGAUGUGAAAGUGUUACCUGAGGAUGUGCCCAUUUUCAGUUUGCAUUGAGUCCUCUUUGAAUACACUUUGAGUACACAUGGACCUCUGUGGAGUGAAGUAUUCCCAAGUAUGUGGGAGCAUUUACGCUACUGUCAAACUGUUCCCAUUUCUCUAUGUUUAUAUGAGUUGGUGUUUGUGUUAUCUAGAAUGUUCUAUGUAGCUUCACGUGAAGGACAGCUUCCUGAGGUCCUGUCUAUGAUCCAUGUCCGCAGACACACUCCACUGGCUGCUGUCCUUAUACUGUAUCCCAUGACCAUACUCCAGCUGUUUGUGGGGGACAUUUAUAGCCUUCUUAACUUCAUGAGCUUUCUGCGGUGGCUGUUUAUUGGUGUGGUGGUUCUGGGUUUAAUCUACCUCCGAUAUACCAAACCAGAUCUCCCCCGACCCUUUAAGGUGCCACUCUUCAUCCCCGUGGUGUUCUGUUUGACAUGUUUCUUCAUGGUCUUCCUGUCACUGUACUCAGACCCGUUUAACACAGGGGUUGGAUUCGCCAUGUCCCUCACUGGCAUCCCUGCCUACUACAUUUUUAUUUACUUCAGCAGACCAAGGUGGCUUCAAAAAGCUUUAGAUUCCUUCAACAGAACGAUGCAGAUCAUCCUGGAGGUAGUACCUGCUGACCAGUAGUAGUGGAGAGUUUCGCUUCAGCUGAGGAAUGAUGAAAGACAAGUCUUAUGUCAAAUAUGGCUGAGUUAAAAUCUUUGUAUAGAUGUUUGUUUUUACGUUUAUCAUUUUGUAUUUUGUAUUAUAUUUUAGUUUAGAGUAAAAAAGUUAGAGUAAAAUCAUGUGAUAUUAUAGGACUUUCCAUGCACUGAAACACAAUAAUUGCUAAUGGGUUUUUUACAGUACUUAUUAGAAUGAUUUAUCUCAGAAAUUAGCAAUAUAAACUGGAAGUCUAAAUAACCACAUAUUCAUAUUUUUAUUUAUUAGUUUUAUUGACAAUUUACCAGAAAAUAAAUGUCUUAACAUGAAGAUUUUCUCCAAGCAAUUGGUCAUCAUAUCUCCCAAUAAAAGCGUAUGAACAUG